AAUCAAUUGUAAAUAUUAGUUAAUUCAAUAUGGUUUUCCGUUUUAUUCUUCAAUACUUUGCUAAUACUAGUAGUGAGAAAUUAAUUAGUAAGAUGGCUGAUUCAAAGCCUCUAAGACAAGCAGCUAGAAUGGUGGUUUACGUUUUAAAUCGAACUAGCUCACUUAGUGGUUCACACACUUUACCUUCGAAUACGAAAGAAUUUGGUUCUCAAGUUGUUGGUGCUGCAAAAAAAUUAUCAGAAGAUCUUCUAAGGAAACAGAAACUGGCACAGGAAGAAGCCAAGAGGCAACAACGGAAAUAGUAAUAAUUAAAUAAAAGUAAAAGAAAAGAUAAUAAAAGAAAAAGUUAUACAAAAAA